AUGUCAACCUCACCAGGGAACGUUUCAACCAUUGGUGAAGAAAUAUCAGCAGCAGAGGCCAUGAACAUCGCUGACAAUGCUGAACCUACAAACAGCUGUGUAAGUCAGCCUGAUACGUUAACUGGUCAUGAUAACACCAAAAUUAAUGAUACUCCGGCCACCUCAUCAGAAGCCAUUGAUGACAAUGCCAGACCUGUUGACAAGCUCAAGGACAGCACUGAAGACAACAGUGCAUCUGGGGCAAAUGAAGACGUCCCUGUGCCAAUUGUAGGUGCCAGCGACACAGUCGGAGAACCUACUAGUAAUAUCAAGCACUCAGACACCAUGGCGAGUUUAGGUGGCACUAUCAACCCUGACAGCGGUGAUGUUGAAAACGAAGGCAAUGUGUAUGAAAACGUAAAUGGAAUACUUGACAAAGCAAACAACGCCCCUGAUACCCGUGAACCCCAGGAUCCUCACAACAGAGUUCUGACAAAUCCGAUGUAUGAAGCAGAUGUUGGCCAACAGCAAGCAGCAGAUAGCAACAAUGAUGAACACAAGCAACAGGAUUCCACAGCAGCGGACUCAAAGGAUUGCAAGAAAUUGAAGAAACUUCAACCCCAACCUAUCCUGAAAGCACAGCAGCCAAAUCAGCUGUACGGACCAUACCAACCCAACCAGUGGGCAUGCGCAGGAGGUUUGAUAACUCAACAGAGUGACAUCGGUAAAAUCAUCACAUUUGGUGGGCACGGAAAAGCCUGGAAGAAAGGGAGAAACUACGGUAGGUUCAGCUAUGUAAAUGGACUGGCCGUGUCGUCGACUAACGAGAUAUUUGUCUGUGACUUUUGGAACAAACGAAUCCAGGUCUUCAGCAUGAAGGGCGUUUUCCUCCGCAGUUUUCCCACAGAUAUGAAACCAGAGGCUAUUGCCAUAGACCGUGAGGAUAAGCUGUGGAUCCUUUUGUCAGUAGACAAGGAAGGUAAUAUCUUCAUCACUGACGUGAAAAACAAUAAGGUUUUGAAGUAUGACAAGAAUGGGACAUACAUCUGCUCCUUUGGUCACAACCACCUCAACUCUCCCACGGCCAUAUCUGUGGACAGUUUGGGUCGCAUUAUUGUGGCCGAUAAUGGCAACAAUCGAGUGGAGAUGUUCAGAGCUGAAGGAGAAUAUAUUGGCACCGUUGCUAAUAUCAGAAGCCCCCAGUUUGUUGCUAUAGGCAGGGAGGGAGAGCUAAUUGUGAGCCACCAGAAGCACUACGUCACUAUCUUCCCAAAAUACUAA